AUGAAGCUGUCCAGUUCCGCUCGUUCUUCGCUCCUCCUCUUAUCGUCCCUCUUGGGAUUGUCCAGCGCGGCCUCGGACCAUUCUCACCUCAACGAUGACUCCCCCUGCGUAGCUCGCUCACCAACAAGCGGCCUGUACUUCGAUCUCAAUGCGAUCUCACUGUCGCUUCCUGAAAUAAAGAACGGCAAGAAAGUUGAGAAGGACGCGCGGGAUACGAGCUGGCAUGCCAAGGGGCAUGACUACCCCGCGAAUUUCACGAUCAAUAUCUGCGCACCAGUCAUUGAAAAUGUGGAAGAUGUGGUCGGAAUAGAGUCCUCACGGUGGAAGAAUGUCAGCGCAUAUUAUGAGCAUGCGGGGAAGAUAUACUCGAUAGGAGAGCAAGCUUCCGAGCCCUUUUUCCGGGGUCGCAAGCUCGUCCUCAACUAUACGAACGGCUCUCCAUGCCCUGCGGACUGGAACACCGCCAGCAUGAACACCUCCGUGCGCACCAAGUCUACGAUCAUGUCCUUCCUCUGCGACCGCGACGCACCAGCAAACACAGCUACCCCGUCCUUUGUCGGGACCAUGGAUUCGUGCACUUACUUCUUCGAGAUUCGCAGCUCGGCUGCGUGUGGUGGAAUCGCAGCAGAUCCGAACAGUGGCGGACUGGGACCAGGCGGGGUCUUCGGUGUAAUUAUGCUCAUCGCUGUGGCCGCUUAUUUGAUCGGUGGCUGCGCGUAUCAACGAACAGUCAUGCACCAGCGCGGCUGGCGUCAGUGCCCGAACUUCAGCCUUUGGGCUGGCAUGCUCGACUUUGUUAAGGAUAUGUUUGUCAUUAUCUUCUCUUCUAUAGGGAACUGCCUUCGCCUCAAGCGAUCCCCCUCGAUCAAUGGCUACGUCCCUGCCGGCGAUGACGGCCGCGGCGGCUUUAUCGGCGCGAUUGGCGGCCGAGGUAGCGGGAGGCAGGGCGGGCGACGAGAUAUAGAUGCGGAGAAUCGACUCAUAGACCAGCUGGAUGAGGAGUGGGAGGACUAG